AUGGGGUUCGAUGGGUUGGUGAGGAGAAUCCCACGGAUCUUCUGGCCACGUUUUCUGGCCUGGUUGAACGUUUGCUCGAGAGAUGUUAUGCUUAGUGUGAAGUUUUCGCAUGAUCUGCAGUGGACAGGGAUUAGCUCAACUCCCGUUCGCCAUCUUAUGUCCCUGUCGAAUCUGAAGAAAGGCAUUAAUGGGACAAGGAAGGCAUUCCCUUGGUCCGCCAGGCAAAAUGUUAGUAUCUCAAGUGCAGCAGUUGCACCACAAGUUAAUAUCACAUGUGAAGGGUCGAAAGAUAAAGUUCGCCCCAUUACUUCAGCCAUGAAAUCAGCCAUGGCCUGCAACAUUCAUGUGAUUUUUCAGAUAAAGCUGAAAAACGCCAUCGGGAUUUUUGAUUUCAUCGUAAGGAUCCUCCCGCGCUCGAUCCAGACCAAUGUAGUAGGGCGAGUCAUUGGGCUUGGCGACGGCGGCCGCCCGAGAGGACAAGCUGGCGCGGCCGGAGGAGCCGCGCGCCAGCAGAUUUGCGCGGGAAGAGGAGCGCGGGAGCUCGGCGAGGUUCGCCGCCGACGGGGAGCGGGAGGGGGAGUCGGAGGGGGGCGGCCGGUGCCGUUUGAGAGGGCGCAGGGGAUUACGGAGCCGAGGAUGAGGCCGCCCCUGCCUUGGACCACGCCCUGUAGGGGUACGAUGAGCCUCAUGCCGGUUCGGGCGGGGCUUCUGGGUGAUUCUCGCCGUUCGGGGCUCGGGUUCCGGGUCAUGAGGGUCUCCGGAGAGCCAGGACGGAAAAAGGAUGGGCGGACCCGGCGGCGGAGAUGA